AGCUGAAUGACGUCAGAUUUCACUCAGAUGUCACCGUCCCUUGAUCGCGGCUGUCUGCUGAUAUACACAUACCCUCACGAUGGCCGUGUCAACACUUCCUCCCGCACCGAGGGAUCACGCACUUAGAGUUUUCAUCGAACAAAUCGCCGAUGAUAUGACAGAUAAAAACUUGGAGGAUAUUGUGUUUUACAUGAGAGGAUUCUUUGGUAUGAGGCGACGUGAUUUAGAUGGCAAACCAACUUCCCUGAGUCUCUUUAAACUACUCAUGGAAAAUGGUUACGUGAACGUCAAUAGCAUUAUGGUUCUGCAGAGCCUUUUGUGGCACAUUAAUAGGAAAGAUCUAUUCCAAAGAGCGGUAGAGUUUGCUGAAGAACAGGGGGAUGUGCUUUACGUGCAUACACCUAAUCCGAUCCCAGCAAAGGAUUGCAGAUAUGUGACGUUUCACGUCAAAGGGAAGGUCAACAGGAAAACAGUUGAAGAGUUACAGUCUAACGUCGCUAGAUGGCUUAAAGUGCCGUUAGAGUUUGUAUCGCUGGCAGGCGUGGAGGUUACAGACAGCUUUAACAUCAUUCUCAUGAUCCCCGAAUUAAGCACUGAAAUGUUGCGGAAACAUGUCCCUUUGAACAGCGAGUGGUUGAUGUCACAAGGAAUGGACACCUGCAAAAUAGAUGGGGAGGACAUUGAUCUAACAGACCUUCCAGGUAAAGGCGUUUCUAGCCCCCUUCCUAAAGAAAGCGAGGACCUGUCAUUACAAGAACUGAAACGACUAAUGGACGAAAAUAAAUUUUUGCAAAGCCGAGUGGAGACCUUACAAUAUGAGAGGCUCGCUCGUUACGAAAGUGGCGACCACCAGCCCACGAACGAUAGUGUUCACUCAUCCCUGGCGCCUGUUUGAGUUAUACAAUCUACAACCUGUGUCUCCGGCUUAAGUGAUGGGAAAUGAAAACCUCUGCACCAACCUUAAACAACCGCCUCUGUAAGAUACUAUGGUAACUACAUAUAUGGAUUAUAUAUACAUUUUUUCUUCUUUAUCUGGAAACAUAAUUUUCUCCAAUAUCAGUGUUGUCAUCCAAUCUUUUUUCUACUCCUUCUAAUAAUUAAUAGCAUAUUUGAUAUUGUCAUAGCAUUAUGGUG